GCAACAAGAAAAAGGGUUGAAAAGAAGGGGCUGGGUAGGAACUCUUGUAUACAAGCACAGUGGUUUGAUCUGCAAAUCCUCCACCCUUCCACGAUGAAACUCCCCAAAUCUUUGAUUCUCCUGCUCCUCUUCACUCUCUUGAUAGUAUCGAAUUCAUCUUUUCAAUCCGACGAGCUUCUCGUCGACGAUGAAGAAUUUGGUCUAGAAGGCGGCCGUUCACCUGAUAUCGAUGUCACGGUAUCAUCACCUCCAGUCAUAUCUCUUCCUCAUUCCCCCCCACAACCUACUAGGAAGAGAUCGGCAGAUUCUGAAUCUGACUCUAGAGUUCAGUUCGCUCUUGAACACGCGUUCGAGGAUUCCGAUGAGUUCUCCGCCGCCGGCACUUUUACUGCUCGACUUAAGACUUCUGCUCAUGGCGGACAGAUUCUUACAAAGCUUCGGUUUUCAAGGCAUGAUCUUACUGCAACAGAGAAGGAGAAGUUUAAACAACUACUGGAAAGUGAUGACUUCUACAGAAUUAGGUUACCAUCUAAUGUAUUACAUCCUUCUGGGAAAGAGUAUGUCAUUUCCUCAGUGAAGGCAAGAUGUCUCCCAAAGGGUAGCUUGGAUGAACAUAUUAUUAUACACAUGGAAGGUGUUAACAUUCUAGCUGUCAACUAUGGUUCUUUGGGGGGAUGCCAGUAUCCUAGGGAGUUGAGGCUGCCUUCAAAGUGGUCCUUCAACUCUCACACAGUCUUAAAGUACAGUGAGCUGGCACCAAGGACUCCAUCAUUUUCAGAAGAUAUUAUUGGUGGUGUUGAGGCAGGAGUAGGAAAUGAGGAAGGCGUAAAGCCAUUGGAGGAGAGGUCCUUUUGGGCUAAAUAUUGGAUGUACUUGAUUCCUCUUGGACUUGUUGUGAUGAAUGCUGUCACCCAAGCCAUGAACCUGCCUGAGGAACAGGCGGCUGGUGGUGGCGGUGGUGCUCCAACACCGCAGGCAGUUGGUGCCGCUCCCCGGGGACAAAGUGCAGCAGUAAGAAGACGUUGAUGCCACCUGUCAUGUCAUUAAGUAGUAGUCUUGUAAAAUGACAAUGAUACAUGUUUCACAGUUAACAGGAUGACCCAUUUUUUUUUUGUAUUGAAGAGAUGAUUAAAGGGAUUACAUCUUUCCUUAU